UGGACACCGGAAGAGGACGGGCCUAUCGCGGUGGCGCCCUUGGGCGCCAGGAGGAGCCGCUCAUGUCGGCAAAGAGAGCGGUGUGGGGGCGCGUGCGAAGCCGCCUGCGAGCCUUCCCCGAGCACUUGGCAGCCUGUGGGGCCCAGGCCGCGGCGUAUGGCAGGUGCGUGCAGGCCUCUACGGCCCCGGGCGGCCGCCUGAGCAAGGACCUCUGCGCGCGGGAGUUCGAGGCCCUGCGGAGCUGCUUCGUCGCCGUGGCCAAGAAGACCCUGAACGGAGGCUGUUAGGAGGGGCUCUCAGCACUGCACUCACACCCAUCUGCUGCCCCUUGGUGCAAAGCAGUGCACAGCAGGCACUCUGCUAGCUGAAAGGAGGCGAGAAUGUCGGUGCCCUGAAGCUCCUGGAGUUACACUCUGUGUUUCUUCUCAGUGGCUUGAGCCAUGGGUAGAGCAUGAACUUGUUUUCCUUAGUUUGUGUCUGAAGGGUCUGUGAGAAUAAGGUGUAAUGGAACCAGGAUAAAGCCUCUCUCCAGCA